UUCAGGACUUCGUCCGACAAAUGCGGCGCAGCCUUCGGUCUGCCUGGUCGUCCACAGCUCGCAACCCGCGGAUUUACAAUCAACAAUUCACACUUAAAUCGGCCCGGGGAAACCUUUCUCUGCCAUCGGUACGUCUUCUGAACAUGAGGUGGUUUGUGUCUCCGAAGAUGGUCUAGCUGACAUCUCUGAUCUGUGAAGCAGCAGCAGCCCGCCUGCACUGAGCCAAGAUGUCCAGCUCGGGCUACCCCCCCAGCCAGGGGAGCUUCAGCAGCGAGCAGAGCCGGUACCCGCCUCAUUCUGUCCAGUACACCUUCAGCGGGUCACGACACCAACAGGAUUUCACCGUCCCAGACUAUCGGACUCACAUGCAGGAUGCACAGGGACGAAGAAGACCCUCUUUACUGUCUGAAUUCCACCCUGGAACUGAAAGGCCUCCAGAGAGACGCCAUGGUUACGAGCAGCAGUUUCACUCCCUCUCAUCCCAGGCGGAGCAUGAGGCCAUGGAGAAUAAACGGCCUCGCAUGGAGACCAUCGCCGAGUCCCACAUCAGCCGCACUCCUCCCACGGCAGGGGGUUUAGUCCUGCCCAUGACCCACUCAGUACAAGACAGCCUGAGAUCCAGUGUGGACGUCAAAAAGGAGUCUCAUUUCUCUCUCAAAUUGGAGUCCCCAUCCCACGGUGGACACGCACUCCACUUAGGGGACGAGCAGGACACGUCUCCCUCCAAACUGUCCAAGGAGGAGCUGAUCCAGAGUAUGGACCGGGUGGACCGAGAGAUCGCCAAAGUGGAGCAGCAGAUCUUCAAGCUGAAGAAAAAGCAGCAACAACUGGAGGAGGAAGCAGCGAAGCCGGUGGAGCCAGAAAAGCCAGUGACCCCUCCCCCAGUGGAGCACAAGCACCGCAGCAUCGUCCAGAUCAUCUACGACGAGAACAGAAAAAAAGCUGAAGAGGCUCAUAAAAUCCUGGAAGGCCUCGGUCCUAAGGUGGAGCUGCCCCUCUACAACCAGCCGUCAGACACUAAGGUGUACCACGACAACAUCAAGACGAACCAAGUCAUGAGGAAGAAACUGAUUUUGUUUUUUAAGAGGAGGAAUCACGCUCGCAAACAAAGGGAACAGAAGAUCUGCCAGCGCUACGACCAGCUGAUGGAAGCGUGGGAGAAGAAGGUGGAGCGGAUGGAGAACAACCCCAGACGCAAAGCCAAGGAGAGCAGAACACGGGAGUACUAUGAAAGGCAAUUCCCUGAGAUCCGCAAGCAGAGGGAGCAGCAGGAGCGCUUCCAGAGGGUCGGACAACGAGGAACCGGUCUUUCUGCAACGAUUGCAAGAAGCGAGCAUGAGAUUUCAGAAAUCAUAGAUGGCCUUUCAGAGCAGGAGAACAACGAGAAACAGAUGAGGCAGCUGUCAGUGAUCCCUCCCAUGAUGUACGACUCGGAGCAGCGGAGAGUGAGGUUCAUCAACAUGAAUGGCCUGAUGGACGACCCGAUGAAGGUGUACAAAGCCCGGCAGUUCAUGAAUGUUUGGACCGAGCAUGAGAAGGAGAUCUUUAAGGAGAAGUUCGUACAACACCCCAAAAACUUUGGCCUGAUCGCCUCGUAUCUGGAGAGAAAGUGUGUCGCUGAUUGCGUCCUUUACUACUACUUGACCAAGAAGAACCACAACUACAAGACGCUGGUGAGAAGAAACUACGGGCGACGGAGAGGACGGAACCAGCAGAUCACACGGCCCUCACAAGAAGACAAGUCAGACGACAAAAACGAAGAGGACAAAUCUGAGAAGUCUGAGAAAAAAGAGGACGAGGAAAAGAAGGACGAGGAAGAGAAAGAUGAAAAGGAGGAUUCCAGGGACAUUGGCAAGGACAAAGACAAGUGUGACGCCGGGGAGGACGAGGACGGGAAGGAGCAAAACACGCCGCGUGGCAGGAAGACUGCCAACAGCCAGGGCCGCCGUAAGGGAAGGAUCACCACACGCUCCAUGGCCAAUGAAGCUGCGUCUGUGGCGGCCGAUGAAGCUCCUCCCGCUGCCCCUGAGCCUGCGCUGCCAGAUCCUCCACAGCUCCCCAAACAGGAUCCAGGACAGAAGGCCUUGAAGGAGCCUGUGAAACCACAGACUCCACUAGCUUCCAUGGAUGCUAACAAAGCUGGUGCUAGUGAAUCCGGAGAAACUUCUCGCUGGACCGAGGAGGAGAUGGAGGUUGCCAAAAAAGGGCUUGUCGAGCAUGGGCGAGACUGGACAGCCAUUGCCAAAAUGGUGGGCACCAAAAGCGUCGCACAGUGCAAGAACUUCUACUUCAACUACAAGCGACGUCACAACCUGGACAACCUGCUGCAGCAGCACAAGCAGGAUACACGGCGGGCUCGUGCUGAUAGAUCUCAAGGUGAAGGUCUCUCCACAGCGUCACCCGAUGAUGACGACGAUGACAACGCAGAUGACAGUGAAGGCGGGGACAACAGCUCCGACACAGAGAGUGCCCCCUCCCCCUCACAGGCCGACUCCUCAAAGUCUGGGGACUCCAAGAGGGCAGAUGGCGCUGCAGGAGACGCUCAUUGCUCGGACCAGGACAGAGGUCAGGCUAGCAACGGGAAGAGCCAGGAGCUGUCAUAUGGAGAUCUCCGUGUCAAGGAGGAGAAGAGUCCAGAAAGCGAGGCUGGGUCUCAGGAGGAGAAGACCCGGUUGGCUUCCUACGGAGGCUCGCUGCAUCCCAAGAUCGAACCUCAAGAUCUGGACAUGAAGAGCGGAGAGGUUCAGGUCAAGAUGGAGCCUGAGAUGAAGGAGAGAGGAGAAAAGGGAGACCAUGGAGAGAGGCAGAGGGAGCUCCACUCAGAUAAUGACUCCAGCGCCACCUGCAGUGCUGAUGAGGACGUGGAGGUCGAGCCUGAAAGGAGAAUAUUCUCCAUGGACAAGCCGACAUUGCUCAACCCUCCGGGCACGGUGCUGGUGUCCUCACCCAAACAAACCCAACUCAACAUCCAGCAGCUGCACCAGCGGGCAGCGAACAUCCCACCUAUGGUUCCUGGUCCUUUCGGCCCCGGCGGCGUGACCAUCAGCGGCUUUGCUAUGCUGCAACACCAGAUCAAAGAAGCGCAUGAGUCGGCUCACCAAGAGGAGAAGCAGAGGCAGGAUCAGGGAGACCUCGAGCGCAGACCCCCCUUCAACACCCGCAGCCCCACCAUAAUGGACCGUGAUGGUAAGCCUUUAUCCUACAUACCUUAUGACAUGAUGCUGGCUCUGGAGCAGGAGGCCCACUCCGGUCGGCCAGGCUCCCCCUACAGACUCUCCCCCAGGGAGCUGGGCAAGGCCUCACCCCAGCCUGACCCCCACGUGUCCCGCUACAGUGUGCCGCCAGUCCUCCACCCUGCCCCCAACCAGCUGGUCCAGGGCAUGCCAGACGGAGUCCGAGUGACGUUCAGCAGACCCAGCCGACCUCCCAACAUUCCCUCUCCUCCUCCGCUCAUUCCAACCACAAAGCCCACGGACAAGCCCUCCUUCAUCCAAGGCGGCUCCAUUUCACAGGGAACUCCUGGCACAUACCUGCCGUCCCACCCCGUCUACGGACCAGAGGGGACGAAGAGCAGCGUGGGUUCCAUCUCUCUGGGUCUGCCCCGGCAUCAGGAUCCCAACAAGCCUGCAGGUCCGUCCAUGCAGGAUGGAAGAGGAAACCCAAAGAUGGGCGAGGGUCUUGGUGUCAGAGGAUUAAUCACUCAGGGCACGCCAGCGCUGUCCCAGUCCAGCAUUGCUGCUGACCUCCUGAAGGGCACGAUCACAAAGCUCGCCACAGAGGACCUGAGCAGCCCCGACAAGGCCAGGGCAGAACAUCUGGCUAAAGGUCAUGUGAUCUACGAAGGCAAGAUUGGUCACAUCGUCUCCUAUGAUGCCAUCAAGAACCCGAGAGAAAACACGCGCAGCCCCAGGACCGGCCAUGAGCUGAAACGCACGUACGACAUGAUGGAGGGGCCGAUGGGCAGGGGUCACCCAGGCAGGGAAGGAGCUCCAUUCGAGGGGUUGAUCAGCAGAGCCUUGCCCAGAGACGGUCUGCAUGGAGACUCGAAGGAAAGACCGCUGAUCACUGGAUCCAUCAUGCAAGGAACGCCGAGAACCGCUGCAGAGUCCUAUGAAGACGCCAUGAAAUACGGGAAACAAAUCAAGCGAGAGAGCCCGCCGAUCCGCUCUUUCGAAGGGGGGAUUGGCAAGGGCAAGCCUUAUGAAGGAGUCAACACUAUCAAAGAGAUGGGACGCUCCAUUCAUGAAAUCCCCCGGCAAGAUCAGUCCGGCCAGGACAUGUGCAAGACCCCAGACAUGUCGGACAGGAGGGUCAUGGAGGGCCAGAUGUCUCAGAUUCACUCUCUCAACCAGCCCACCAUCAAGCACAACGUCAAGUCCCUGAUCACCAGUCCCAGUAAGCUCCCCCACAGCAUGCCCCAGCUGGAAGCCAUGGAGCGAGCCAAGUACGAGGAGAGCAAAGGAGUGCGCCACACCUCUGUGGUCAACUCCACCUCUGUCCUGCGCUCCACACACCAGGAGGCCAGCAAAUCCCAGCUCAGCCCGGGCAUGUAUGAAGACCCCAACGCUCGCAGGACCCCCGUGAACUACAGCACCAACCCUGUGUCCAGAGGAUCCCCGAUGCUGGGGCGCGCUCAAGACGGUGCCAUGAGCUCUAAAUCGGCUGCACACGAGAGAAAGAGUGCCAUGACUCCGACACAGAGGGACAAUAUCCCCGCCAAGUCCCCCGUGUCUGGCGGUGACCCUGUGGCCUCUCACAGCCCCUUCGAUCCCCACCACCGGCCCGUUGGUCCUGGGGAAGUGUUCCGAGCUCACCUGCCUCCACAUCUGGACCCGACCCUGGCCUUCCACAGAGUGCUGGAUCCCGCAGCCUUCAUGUUUCCCAGACAGCCGUCCCCGACCGGCUACCACAACACGUACCAGCUGUACACCAUGGAGAACACGCGGCAGACCAUCCUCAACGAUUAUAUCACUUCCCAGCAGAUGCAAGUCAUCCCUCGGCCUGACAUGGCCCGAGGCUUGUCUCCACGGGAACAGCAAGUCGCUAUCCCUUACCCAGCCGGAGCUCGAGGGAUUAUUGAUCUAGCCCAGAUGCCUCCAACUAUCCUGUUGCCUCACCCUGGGGGAACAGGUACUCCCACUUUGGAACGCAUCGCCUACCUCCCCGGAGCUCAGCCCCCUUUCCCUCCUAGGGCUUUCAACCCAGCCUCCAUAUCGCCAGGUCACCAAGCCCACCUCGCUGCUGCUGCUGCCGCCAGUGCCGAGAGGGAACGGGAGAGAGAGAGGGAGCGAGACCGCGAGCAGCAGGAGAAAGAGCGAGAGAAGGAGAGGGAGCACAGGGAGAGGGAACGCGAGCGAGAACGCGAGAGGGAAAGGGAGAUGCGGGAACGAGAGAGAGAGAGAGAGCGGGACCGGGAGCGAGCCAAUGAAUACAUCCGUGGAGGUGGACCCGAGCAGCCUGGUCGGCCUGGGAGUCGUGGUUAUCUCCACUCGCCCUCUCCCUCGCUCAGGACACAGGAAGUGGUGGUUCAGCAGCGGCCGAGCAUCUUCCAGGGCAAAAGUGUCAUCACAGCUCUAAUGCCUCACACAGCGGAGCCCGCGUCGGUGUCCCAGAGUAACUCUCGAUACAGCACUGCAGCUGACGCUCUGGCCGCUCUGGUGGACGCCGCAGCCUCCGCCCCGCAGAUGGACGUCGCCAAGGUGAAGGAGAACAAGCAUGAUCGGGAUGAGGAAAUGUCGUCCUCUGCCGCCGCUCGGCGAGCUCUCGCUGAACAGCAACAGCAGGAGGCGGAGAGGCGCUCCAUGCAGUCACCGUAUGGCACCAUGUCUCUGCCGGGAGGUAAACCCCAUUCCACUUACUCUGAGGGCGCUCGAGGCAACGAUAAGGACAAGGGACCUCAAACCUCCAAAUCCCGCAUCGAGGAGGAGCUGCGGACUCGUGGAAAGACGACGAUCACGGCUGCGAAUUUCAUCGACGUCAUCAUCACGCGGCAGAUCGCCUCAGACAAAGACUCCCGAGAGCGAGGCUCUCAGAGCUCCGACUCGUCCAGCAGCUUGUCAUCCAGUCGAUACGACAACACUGGAGGCGGAGCCAUCGAGGUCAUCAGCCCCGCUAGCUCUCCCGUCCAAUCCCACCAGGACAAACCAGACGAAGGACAACCACAGGCCGCAGCUCCAAAACAACAACACUCUGUCCCUGUUCAACCCACACCAGCUGCCAUGCGGGGCUAUGACAUGAGUCGAUACCGGCCACAAGGGGAGCCACCGCAGCCGAGUCCCCAUCAGCCCCCCACCUCCCAGGCUGACAGCUACUCCCAGGUCCCAAAGACUCACCGGGUCAUGACCUUGGCAGACCACAUCUCGCAUAUCAUAACCCAGGACUUUGCCCGCAAUCAGGACCCUCCUCCGGGCUCCUCCUCAGCUUCAUCCACAUUCCAGAGCGUCGGGCAAAGCCGAGCUAAGGGACCCAGCCGGUACAGUCCGGAGAAUCAGGUCCAGGCCUCACACCACCAGAGACCCUCCAGCAGAGUUUCACCAGAAAGCGCCUCGGAAAAGCCUCGAGCCAGGCCUGGCAAAUCUCCAGAGCGAGGCAGCAGGCAGAUGGAAAACUAUGAACCCAUCUCUCCUCCACAGAACUACCAAGGCAUGGACAAACCGGAGGCUCCUCAACCCCAGAGGAGAGAGGCCGACAACUCUGAGAUCAGGAACGACUCUCGUUCCCCGGGCAGCGUGAGCUACCUGCCUUCCUUCUUCACCAAGCUGGAGAACACGUCGCCCAUGGUGCAAUCCAAGAAGCAGGAGAUCUUUCGUAAGUUGAACUCCAACUCUGGUGUCGGUGAUUCUGAUGUUGGAAACGCUCAACCAGGUACAGAGAUCUUCAACCUGCCCGCUGUGACCAGCUCCGGUAACAUCAACCCCAGGAAUCACUCCUUCAGUGACCCAGCCAGUAACCUGGGCCUGGAGGACAUCAUCCGCAAAGCCUUGAUGGGAAACCUGGAGGAGAGACCGGAGGAGCAUCAGGGAGGGGGAGGGGCCGUCAACAACGCAUCGGGCUCGGGCAGUGAUGCUCGCCAGGAGGCCAACCCGUCACCAAGUAUGGGGAAGCAGAAGCAGGUCAAAGCCAGCAGCCGGAAGUCCAAGUCCCCCAACCUGGGUCAGGCCUACGCUGGAGGGGAGCGCCCCUCCUCGGUGUCCUCCGUCCACUCAGAGGGAGAUUAUCACAGACAAGCCCAGGCUCAACCUCAGUGGAGCUGGGACGACCGACCCUCCUCCACAGGAUCCAUGCAGUUUCCCUACAACCCGCUGACCAUGCGCAUGCUGAGCAGCACGCCGCCCACCUCAAUCGCCUCCCCGACCAUACAGAGCCAGCAGCAGCAGCAGCAGCAGCAGCAGCAGCAGCAGCAGCACCCGCAGGCGCCUCCAGCUGGAGCCCCGGUGGCUCAGCAGCGCGUGUGGCAGUCCCUGCUGUCGGAGCAAUACGAGACCCUGUCUGACAGCGACGACUGAGCUCCGAGAAGCAGAGGAGAGGUCCGCGCUGAGGCUUGUCUAUUCUCCCCCCUCCGUCUCCUAGAACUGACCUCGCUCACUGGCGAGUGCAACGAGAAGACAGGGUGAUGUCCUCUUUAUUUUUGGUGCUAUGGCGCCCCCUGGCUGUUAGCUGAGAGUACAAGCAGCAGCCCGUGACAGGCAGGGCUCUCCGGAACAGGACUUGCUUUUGGAAGCACUCACCCGGGCCUGUCGAGAGAGGGGGGGUAAACGAAACUGGACAUAGUGGACGACACGAGCUAAAGAUGAAGAACUUAAUGUGUAAAAAGAAACAACAUAAGAGACUAUUUCUGACAUUUCUUUUUUCUGUUUGAUUUCUGUAAAGAUUCCCCUCGUCUUUAAGAGAAUCCUUGUUUGUAAAUAGAGUAACCUUUUGCAGUGUUUUUUCUUAACUUGAUUCUUUCUUAUUUUAAUGUCGCUUUUAAAUGGAUCCACUUUAAACGGGGAGAGUCGGGGUGUCAUCUUUAAGUUCACAGUCGCUCUCUCCCGGUCCCCCCCGACCACCCCACGUCACCUGACACCCGACUCUGAUGUUUUUAAGACACAGCGACGCAAAGAGAGACCGGGUCUUUGGUCUGGACUUGUACCAGGAGACCGUGCCGCCAUGCACGAAGCACCACCAGAGCCUGACCACCGUCGACACCUGAGGAUGAAACACAAACACAGACUAACAUUUCACACUGCGUGGAUAUUUGAUGCCCGUCUUCACCGCACGGUGGAGGUGAUGCAUGGAUUGUAAGGCGCGCCCCCCCCCCCCCCUCCCCCUCCCCCUCCCCUCCCCCGUACCAGACAGAGAAAUGUCAUGGAGACAAGUUGAGAACACUGGUGUCAUAGCAGGAAGGUGAGACGUCUGAUAUAAGCUUCAUUUUGUGGCUGGAAGAAGAAAUCCUCCUGGAGCCCGUCUGAAUGAUGACAGUGAGCCGAUGUUUGUUUUUGUUUUCAUUAGAGCCAUGGUGUGUCACAUGUAGCUAUCUCUCUCUGCAGUUUCCCACCUGUCCACAACGAGCCGCUCCGUCGUCGUCGUCAACGUUGACGCCACGGUCGUUCAGAAAAGCGUCAGGUUUUUCCACCAUGCCUUGUGACUUGAGAAAGAAGGCAGCUUGAACUCAUUUUUCUCAGAGAUAUUCGUUGGUGUUUGAUGUUGUAUUCGUUAUGUAGUCCCUCUUUUUCUUUUUAUACUGUCCUGACAAAAAUCUGAACUCUGUAAAAAAAAAAAAAAAGUCUUUCCAUUACACGAGAAGACGACAAACUAACCAAACGUAAAGAGCGCUCUGCACCAUUGUUGCACUUUGUUUUUGCUUUGAAUCCUUCUUCUACCUGCUGUGUAACUUAUUCAACCUCCGGCACAGGAGCCAGCCCAGACGGGCUUUACGUUUCUUGCCAGCGCUCACAGGAGGCCUCCGCUCUCUUGUAGCUGGUCCAUGAUUGAACCCGUGUGACGCUUGCUUCAGUUACAGCUUUGAGUGUGUGUUACCGUUAGAUGUUCAUGGUGCAUCAAAUCCAUGACGACUUGAUCUUUGCGUUCCUCGUGUCAAUCAGCCGGCGUUAAAGCUUUGAAAUUGAAUUCUAUACAGCGUCAUAUACGGCAGUAACGUUCCUCUGCUGGUUUAUCUUUUAGAAAUGUAAAAACAACAUGUAACGGCUUCUUCUUCAGCGUUCACUCUGCUCAAACUCCACGUCUCCUCUCUUGUUUUCCGUUUGCUUUCCGAUCAUUCGUCGCAGCACACGUUCAGAUUUUCACUUCAUGUCGUUUUUUUUUUUGUUUGUUUCUUUGUUUUUCUCAACAUCUGUGUUUAUUCUUCUUCCCGUUCGAACGGGGAAGUUUUGUGUUUACAAAAGCAACGACAAAAAAAAGAAAGGAAAAAAAAAAGUUUACAAACUUGAAUCUUAAAGAAAUCCGACAUGAAGCCGCCGAGAAAGAAUCGGAGCGUCUCAGCUCGCUCUCAAACAAACACAGUGAUGACUUUUAUUUUGUUUUUGUCUUUUUGAAAUUGAGACUUGAAACCCCCCCACCCCCUCCAACAUGUAUCCUAUGAUGUUGAAAUGCAAUGUUUGUAUCGCACAAUGUCUUUUAGUAGGCUAUUACAAGAGUUCAGACCAAUCAAAUAAAGUGGAUCAGUUCUCCACCA